GGCAUGUAGUGCCCUCCCUCCUCAAUUAGCCAAUCACAGGCCGGCUCCGGCUGGCAGAAGGACACAUAAAAGAAGAACAUUGCAGCAGAGGCACAGAAGGAGACAGCGAGGAGCUACAGGGAAAUACACACACACACACACACUCGCAUAUAUAUAUAAAUAUAUAUAUAUAUAUAUAUAUUUACCCACAUACACACACACACACACACACACACUUCCUCUCCAUCUCGAUCUCGCCAGAACCAGAACCUCCCCUGGACACACCCUACCGGGGAUCACUGCUGCUUCUGUUUUUUUGGAUUCAGAGCCGUCGCCCACGCCGUGCAGAGAGAAAACCUCCCUCAUCAUCACCACCAUCAUCAUCAUCAUCAUCUCUAACGCUGCUGCCGCCGCCGCCGCCGCCGCCACGAAGAAAACCCCCCUCCUUUAUUCUUCUCCCUGCCUGAGGAAACCUACCGUCGCCCGGGCUGAGACCCCCUGACGAGAUCACUCCUUUUUUUUCUUUUUUUUUCUUUUGGUUUGGGGACAUUUUUGGACCGAUCCCAUUCAAAAAGACGCCCGAACCCAACGACUGAUCCAGAUCAAGAUCCUGAUCCUGAUUCUGAUCCAGAUCCAGACAAGACCAGGCCAGAGCGCAGCGCAGUGCACGCACCCCCAUACCGACAGAGAGCGAAGACCUGCAGAUCGAAGGACAGGACCUAGACCACUAUCUCAUCUGAGCACGAGAAUGGUUACUAUAAUCAGCACCAUGGAAACUCAGGUGUCCAACGGUCCGAGCGGAACCAGCAUGCCUAACGGCCCGGUGAUCAGCACCAACGGCGCUACCGACGACAGCAAGACCAACCUGAUCGUCAACUACCUGCCCCAGAACAUGACCCAGGAGGAGUUCAAGAGCCUGUUCGGCAGCAUCGGAGAAAUCGAGUCCUGCAAACUCGUCAGAGACAAGAUAACAGGUCAGAGUUUGGGUUACGGGUUCGUAAACUACGUUGAUCCCAACGACGCCGACAAGGCCAUCAACACCCUCAACGGCCUCAAACUGCAGACCAAAACCAUCAAGGUGUCGUACGCCCGGCCGAGCUCCGCCUCCAUCAGGGACGCUAACCUGUACGUGAGUGGACUCCCCAAGACCAUGAGCCAGAAGGACAUGGAGCAGCUGUUCUCCCAGUACGGCCGUAUCAUCACCUCCCGCAUCCUGGUGGACCAGGUUACAGCAGGCAUAUCACGAGGGGUGGGCUUCAUCCGGUUUGACAAGAGGAACGAGGCUGAGGAGGCCAUCAAAGGACUGAACGGCCAGAAGCCCCUGGGAGCCGCCGAGCCAAUCACCGUCAAGUUCGCCAACAACCCCAGCCAGAAGACGGGCCAAGCCCUGCUCACCCAGCUGUACCAAACCGCCGCCCGCCGCUACACCGGCCCCCUGCACCACCAGACCCAGCGCUUCAGACUCGACAAUUUACUAAACGCCACCUACGGAGUCAAGAGUUCUCCAUCUCUGCUCCCCAGGUUCUCGCCGAUCACCAUCGACAGCAUGACCAGUCUGGCGGGGGUCAACCUGACCGGCCCCACCGGCGCCGGCUGGUGCAUCUUCGUCUACAACCUGUCGCCCGAAGCCGACGAGAGCGUCCUGUGGCAGCUGUUCGGGCCGUUCGGCGCCGUCACCAACGUCAAGGUCAUCCGCGACUUCACCACCAACAAGUGCAAGGGCUUCGGCUUCGUCACCAUGACCAACUACGACGAGGCGGCCAUGGCCAUCGCCAGCCUGAACGGGUACCGCCUGGGCGACCGCGUCCUGCAGGUCUCCUUCAAGACCAGCAAGCAGCACAAGGCCUGAGGGGCGGGUUUAGGGACGGCACGGUCACUAACGCUCCUUAACCCCGCGAGAGGAGGGUCCCCGAGACCCUCGCACAUUCACUCUACAUGGGCCUGGACUGAGUCUCUCUCUCUCUCUUUCUUUCUCUGACACUCUCUCUCUCAUUCAAAACACACAUAUAUACACACAUACACAUAUAUUUACACACAUAUACAUUUCCCACACAUACGACGACAACAACAACGACGACGAAAAUUACACAAACACACACUCGAGAGUUUUUUCUUUUUCUCUUUACACAACAUGCUAGUCCUUCCCUACGUUUGCCUGGAUUGAAUUAGCAGAAGUGGGUGGUGGUGGUCGGUCUGUGGGUGGGGCAGGGGGUGGGGGGGGUCCUUUUAUUAUCGCAAGGGAGACAGUUUUAAUGAAUGUGACGGAGAAUGUGUGCCGAGAGCUUUGAUUUAAUUCAGGCAAAUUUACGAGAACUAACUAACGACGAUGAAAACGACGAUGACGAAAAAAAGGAAAACGAUAAAAAAAAGUAUGUGCAAUUUACCCAAACUUUUGCCCCAAUUACUCUCCGGUCCUAACGGGGACGACGUAGUCACUUUUUUUACACUUGGGCAUUUUGAAUCAGCAAUUUUUUUUAGAUCUAAGAAAAACGAAAAAAAUAUGAUAAAAACAGUGUUCUCUUAUAUAUAUAUUGAUGAUAUACUUAUAAAUAUAUAUAUAUAUUCAAUAUUUAAGGUGGUUAUAAUAGCCGAGUAUGUAAGCAUUUUCUAGAACUUCGAUUGAUUACGGUUUCCUGGCUUCACUUAAGGUUGCAGUGCGGCUUUAGGGCGCUGUACCGCCCCACUCGAGGUCCGACCCCGACAGUCGAUCUGAUGAUCCAGUGAAUCUCACGCUCGACGGCAGACGCAAAGAUAUAAAGGAUAAACAGGAUCAGGAGAUUUACGGAGGGAAUCAAAUCAAUCAGAGUGACCUCUACCCUCUACACCACUGCACCCCGAGACAUACCGAGACAUACCUAUCGAGAAAUUACCGAGACACACCGGCCAUCGCUAAAAACUAAACAUGAACCAACCAACCAACACACACAAACAAAACACACACCAACCACGUAGUACUUCCACUUUACCAACAAGCCAAGAUCCGUCGUUUUUCUGCAUACAAUCUCAAGAAUCCUAGAAUCUAUCUCCCUGUAUUUUUUCACUCCACUUUUUUAUAGUUUAUAGGGCCGAUUCCAGCAUGUAGAACUGAGAACCCACUCCACCACAUGCUAUAGAUAGAUGUCUAGAGAUCACCGGCAGCACUUCCGCCGUGGCAGAACUCUGGUGUAACUGGUAUAAACUCUUCGUGAAAAGGCCAGGGGUUCACCUCGAGAACAAGAUCUCGCUCUGUAACCCACCCCGACAGGCCCAAUCUGAAACCGGGAUCUGAAAAGGUUCUGAGAAAAGGCUGGCGUCAGAUUCCCUUACAGAGAACGUCUCAAACUAAACGGCGUUUCCACAGUAAAGCCGAAGCGCUGCGGCUGGAUCGGUGACAUCCAAGAAGGACGUAAUGAGGACGUAUCGAGGAUUACGAUGAGGAUAUGAUGAGGACAGUUGGUUAGAUAGAUAGUCUCCUUCCUCCUCAAUCCUCCACUAUCCCUCAAUCUCACCGCGUCCAACCGUCACUCCGGCAAACUUCCGAUCUUCUUCCCAACUUCUGAAUUCAAUUUUCUCGUAAAUGGACAGGUUUCGUGCUCCACACUCAAUUCCUGCACUCAUGCACGAAACAAACGAACAAAACUAAACGAAACUAAACAAAACAAAACAUGAGCAAGGAUCCUCCAUUCCCUCUGCACCCUGCUGCUUUAAGCCAAACGAUCAAAAAUAAAUCAAAAACGACAUCAAAAAAUUCACCCCCUGCCAAAAUCUACAGUAUUUACCGCUUUCCAAAAUAAAGAAACAGACACAUCCCAAUGGUAAACAGCGAUGAUUACUGGAAGCCCGAAACAAAUAGCCCCUAAAAAAAUAUAUAUAUACAAAAUAUACAAAUUAUGCAAAACUACAAAAUUUCAAAGAUAAAAAACUACUAAACUGAACUGGUUCCACUUCCGGGGGGGAGAGACGUUGCUGUAAAAACGACGAAAGAGCUUAAACUGCAGCUUAAAAAAAAAGGAAGAGAAGGGUUUAAAUGUGUUCAAAUCAAACAACGUUUUGCUUUUUCUAAAUAAACGCUGUGUUAGCCAAAGGGGACAAUGAUCUCUUUGAGAAAAAAAAAGGAUUACGUUAGAGAUUAAUAUAUUUUUAUAUCAACGAGAAAAAAAAAACAAGACCUUGUGCAACAUUUUUACAGAUUCUUAAAGCGUGGAAAUCUUUGGAACACACCGCAUGGCUUUUAUUUUCCGAGUUUUUUCCAGCUUUGGGGGAAGAGAGCCUGGGUGUCUGCGGUGUUCGGGAGGGGAUCGAAGCGACGGGGACUUUAACAUACGGAAAACACGACUACAUCAUCUAAAUAUACAACACAGAUAAAGAUUAGCAUGCAAUUCAUAGCAGACGAUGCGGAAAACGGUUUUCAGGUCCAGUUUUCGAGUUUUUUCGAGCGUUGAACGUGCACCAGGAACUAACGAUCUGGAGCGCCAAAAACGGCUAGCUACCUUCGCUACGGCACAUUUCUAAUCCCGGCAUCUCGUCUACCCCUUUUUCGUCAGUUUAAAAAGAAAGAAAGAAAUAUGGAAUAUGAUGAUGCUACUAUUCUACCAUUCUUCUUGCUUACCCUGCUCAACGCACCAAAGAAUUUGUUAAGAAAAAAGAUUGGCGUAAUCUGCUACAGCUGCACUUACAAAUAUUAUUAAUCAUAUCUAUGUGCACAUUACACAAUAGCUCACGUCAGACUUUAUUAUUAUUAUUAUAUCCUUGAGUGUGUCAUAUUCGUUAUAUCAUCACAAUAACAAUGUUACAAUAUUACUCUCUGAUAUCACAUGAUUUAGGGCUGGAUGAUUAUUUAAUAUCGAUAUGCAUAAUCGCGAUCCUUGAAACAAAUGUUUGAUAGUAUUUUGAUAAACAGGAAUUCAAGCCGAGCACAAAGGGCAGAACACCGUACACUUCCACAGCCUCUUAUAAUCUUUAUAUCAGCAUCAGAAUUACAAAUUAUAUCAUUAUAAAUAUUUAGCAUUACGCAGAUUUUGGUCAUAUCGUCCAGCCCUAACGCUAUUUAUCAUAAAAGCACUGCUUUCAGACAUGUCUCACCACCUGAUUUCAUUAAAAUCUUGGGAACUUGGGAACUACAGAUCAAAGAAAAAUCAAUCACAGCAUCACAUAUCUCAUGAUAACAUGAUCACACACUGCCACAUGAUAAGAGUUCAUAUCACUAUACUGACUCUAUCGCUCACAUCUGAGUUCGUCUACUCUUUCAUACCAUAAACACUCACAUCUAGCCCCGCCCCCUCUAUCUGAUUGGUUGGUGGUGUGCUGAUUAAAUGAUCAAUUAAGCCUUGAAGCCUGACGAGAUUCGGCCAAUCUCUUUAGCAUUUGUGAUUGGGUGGGAACCAGAUAACGGGAUUCUUGGUGACUCCAUGGGGUGUCCCCUGGAUGUCCUUGUGGUGACCCCAAAAGGUUCCUCUGGUGUCCUCAGGACGUCCUUGUGGUGUCCACAAGAGGUUCGUGCGGUAUCCUUAGGAUGUCCGUGUGGUGUCCCUAAGAGUUUUUUGUGGUGUCCUCAGGAUGUCCUUAUGCUAUACUCAAGAUGUCCUUGUGGUGACCCCAAUAGGUUCCUGUGGCGUCCUCAAGAGGUUCUUGUGGUAUCCUCAGGAUGUCGUCCCCAUGGGGACAUUUCUGGACAGGCUAAUUUGUUUGUCCUCACCUCACUUGGACGUCCACAAACCCCAAAGCAAACCAGCCCUUUAGAAACACACCUGUACACACACCUGUACACACACAGCGAAUCCAGAGACCCUCACAGCUCCCCACAGCGAUAACAGUAGAGAGCCAGGGACAACGGCAGGACACACACACACACACACACACACACACCUACUGCACCGCUUAGCAACGAACGAACAAACAACAAACAAACAAAUAAUCGUUUAAAAAGACAAAAAAACUUUCCUAUGGAACAGUAAGUGCAAUGUGCUUCGUUUUUAUAUUGACUGAGAACAAAAGAUAUAUAUAUUUUUUAAAAAAUACGUUAAACAUCACACUGAAAAGGUUUGCGGAAAUAGCGAAAGGAUCAAAUGCAGCGAAACAAAAAAGUGUUAAUAAUAGUAAUAAAAAAGAAGCGAUUGACUUCGGGAAUCGAAGCACCGAGAGCUCUGAUCUCUGAGAAAACGUCCAUCAUCCCUUCCUCCGCCCUGAUUAGUGCUCUGAUCACGCACGGUUAAAAACCCGACGCCGAACGUCCACGCUACCGAACAGGGCGAUUAUCCAAGACCGUGAGAGGAAUACUGUCUGAUAUCUCAUCAGUUUUAGCCCAUGUCGAUUUCAGAAUAUCAUUUUUUUCCUGUAAUUUAUUGAUUUCUUCACAUAUCAGAAUCACAUGUUAACUUUUAGCGUAUUUGUGUUGUUGACGUUGCCAUAGAGAACACACACAUGGGUUUUUUGAAGAUUUUCUUUUUCGUUCGGGUUGCUUUUAUCGGGUACACUUUCUUCUCUUUUCUCCAUUAUUUAAACUUAGUUGCUGUUCCUACAGUGUAUGCAGGUUUUAGAAUUAGUUAGAUUAUUUUCUUUCAAUCAAAAUGUGUUCGAUUGUGUUUGUAAAAGUCUGUGGUAGCUUUUGUUGCAACAUAAAUAAUUUAAACGGAAAAAAAUUCAAUAUAGCGCCAACGAACUUGUAUUAUUUGGGCGACUUUAAGCUUGUAGUUUUAACUUAUUGUUAACUUAAAAACUAUUUAUUAUCAUUAUUAUGAUUAUUAUUAUUGCCUCGUAUAAAAGUAUGUUUUGUGUAUAUUUAUGGUUUAUUUCAUUAUAUUUGCAAGCUGAAAAAACUUUUGAUUUUGCCAAAAUGUGGUUACACCAUUUUUUUUUUCGUUUUGUUUUAUUCUUUAUCUUAAAAGGGAACAAUAGACUUAAAAAAAGAAGAAGAAGAAGAAAAAAACAGCAGCUUUAGAAUUACGAUUUGGAAAAAGUUCUCCAUAGGCGAAGAAUGCACUGCUAUAUUAAACUAAUUGAACGUGUAAACAUACAUGCUGUGUGCUAGAUGUUAUGCCUUUACUGCCUGUGUUUCGUUUGUCUUGUUAAAUGAAAACCUUUUGAUUAUUUGAUCUAAUCACAGUCUUGUUUUUUCCGGCCACUCUCAGACCCCCGGAGGCGGGAGGGCGGGCGGGAGAGGGGUGAAGGCCUUAGAGAGAGAGGGGGCGGGGCUGUCUAGAUGCGGGUUCUGAUUGGGUGAGGCUGGCGCCCGUUCUUUCUGCUGUGCCGCCGGUCGCUCUUAGAGAUACGCUCUACAGAGUGGAGACGGGGAAUGACCGGACCGACAUCGGGUCAACCUGGCGUCCGGUUACCAUGACAUUUAGUCACCAUGACGUCCGGUUACCCCAGAGUCUGGUCACCAUGACGUCUGGUCAUCCUGGUGUCUGGUCAUCAUGGUGACCAAAUGCCAGGGUAACCAGAUGUUGUAGUAACCAUAGGCUGGGGUGACCAGACUGGUCACCACGACGUUCAGUCACCAUGAGGUUUGUCAUCACGAUGACCCCAGCCUCUGGUCACCAUGACGUCUGGUUACCCCAGAGUCUGGUCACCACAAUGUUUGGUCACCACGAUGUCUUGUCACCAUGACAUCUAGUUACUCUGGCGUCUGGUUACUAUUAUGUUUGGUCACUUUGACGUUUAGUCACCAUGACGUCCGGUUACCCUGGCAUCUGGUCACCAUGAUGUUCAAUCCCCAUGAUGUUUGGUCACUACGACGUUUAGUUACCCUGGCGUCUGGUCACCAUGACAUUUGGUCACUUCGACGUUCAGUCACCAUGACGUCCGGUUAACCUGGCGUCCGGUCACCAUGAUGUUCGGUCACAGUGACGUUUGGUCACCAUGGCGUCUGGUCACCAGUAUGUCUGGUAACCGUGGCGACGGCAGGAGGGACGGGAGGCGUCCGAGCCCCAGAGCUAGAGAAGGGGUCAGUGGUUCCUCUGUUUCUCAACCAAUUGUAUUUUGUGUCAAUUAAUUUAGAAGGGAUACAGAGUUACUUAGCGAUGUUCUUCUAACGCCGUUCCUCCAGAGCGGCUCAAUAACUCAGAAUCAAACGAUCGAACGCCGAGCCCCGACGUCAGAGUCGGCGGCACGAGUCAAAAAAAUCUCACACUUCCAAACACACGACCAAAAGAACAACGACAACAGCGUAACAAAGGGAAAAAAAGAAACAAAUAAAACCUUUCAGUUUAGUUUAGGAUAUUUAUUACUGGGAUUUCAGCUGAAGACGCUUGAGGACUUUUUCAUGGAAUUGUUUAAUUAUUUGUACUUUACAUGCCAGAAAAAAAUAAAAUAAAAGUUAUGAAAA